AUGUACCAGUACAAUUUUCUCCCUUUCGGAUUGCACGUGUCGUCUGGCCUCUUUCAAUCGGCAAUAGUCAGUGUAAUCAAAAGAUUCGACGGUGUGCUUGCAAAUCAAGAUGACGUCCUCAUUUUCGGCCUUAAUAAGAAAGAACACGAUGCCCGUCUUACGCAGCUACUGGAACGAUUCGCCGCCAGGAACGUGGCUAUCAAGCCGUCCAAAUGUGUUUGGUGGAUUCCACAAGUGCUUGUGAUGAACAAUGGAUCUCAGUUCUGUGCGACCGAAAUGAAGCUUUGGAUGGACAGCAUUGGUUGCCGACAUCUUCGAACUGCGCCACGUGACCCCUGUUCGAACGAAGCAGCAAAGCAUUUGGUCAAAAUGGUGAAGAAUGCGACUGCGUCUGCCAAUCCUAAAACGCUAACUGAAUUGGAAACGUUGGUGGAUAAUUUCCUACUCCAAUACCGAAACACAACACAUACAACCACCAAGGAGGGCUCGGCAAUGCUUCGUAAAUUCAGACGCUUGGGAUCCUCCCUACAGUGUCUCGACUCUAGCGACGUCGUAUACUUCCGUCGUAAUGAUUUGCUAUCCGCGUUUGGUAUAUUCACACGACAACUGGGUCAAGUCAUGGUGGAAAUUACCGACUUGAAUGAUGCUACUGUGCACAAGCGACACGUGGAUCAAUCAUGA